AUGCAGACAAUCAGAGAAAGGGGACAAAGAGCAGCAGUUCACGCCGUGCGCCAUGACGCGCAUAAGAGCGAGAACCGAAGAAAAGCCCCGCUGGAUGGGACCAAAGUCCGCUGCAGUUCAUCCUUCCGGCCACACGGGGGCAAGGCAGCCCAUGAGAUCCCCACGCAUAGAGGGACCCGCGUCCAAGUCUUGGAACCAUAUAAAUGCUUGGAGUGUGGAAAGAGUUUCAGUCAUAGCACGUACCUUACUUUACACAAGAGAAUUCACACAGGGGAAAAACCAUACAAAUGCUUGAAGUGUGGAAAGACCUUCAGUCAGAAUGCACACCUGACUUCUCAUCAGAGACUGCAUACAGGAGAGAAGCCAUAUAAAUGCUUGGAAUGUGGAAGGACCUUCACUCAGAGCUCACACCUCACUUUACAUAACAGAAGCCACACAGGAGAGAAACCUUAUAAAUGCCUGUCAUGUGGAAAGAGCUUCAGUAAUAGCACAUACCUCACUUGCCAUCAAAGAAUCCAUACAGGGGAAAAGCCAUAUACAUGCUUUGAGUGUGGGAAGAGCUUCAGUCAAAACACAAGCCUUACCACACAUCAGAAAAUCCACAGGGGGGAGAAACCGUAUACUUGCUUUGAAUGUCGCAAAAGCUUCAACUCAAGUUCAAAACUCACAUCUCAUCAGAGAAUCCAUACAGGAGAGAACCCAUACAAUUGCUUGGAGUGUGGAAAGAGCUUUCGAUGGAACACAAAAUUUACAGCCCAUCAGAGAACACACACAGGAAAGACACCAUAAUAGAAUAAGAUCGUGUUGGAAGCAUUGCAAUACUUUCGACUCUGCUUGCCUUCAAAGAGAAUGCUUUGAGGCAAACCAUCCAAAGCAUGGACUGCUGGAGGUUAUUCAGUCUUUGCUGUUACUUGCCAUCAAGUCAUCUCCAACACUAUGAAUGGGCGCUCUCCAAGAGGUCCUACCUGUGGCAGCCAUGCUGAGCUCUUCCAAAUUCAAGGCUGUGGCUUCCUUUAUGCAGUUGAUCCAUCUCCUUUUUGGUCAUCCUCUUCUUCAUCUGCCUUUGCCUUUACCUUGCACGAUGGUCUUCUCCAGCAUGUCAUGCUUUCCCAUGAUGUACCUGAAGUGUGACAGCUUCAAUUUUCUCAUUUCUGGUUCCAGGGGUGUUCUUAAAAAUGCAUAAUACAUGGUUCCUUGGCAAUUAGUUUACAGCUCAUGGCCCAGGAAAUAGCAGUCUGGGUAAGGGGUAGCACAUAUCAAGGACAUGCAAAGUGAAAGCAGCAGAAGGAAACCAAUUAUGCAUUGAAUGGACUCCAUAAAGGAACCGACAGCCUGGAGUUGAAACGAACUCAGCAGGGCUGCCAAGAACAGGGCUUUCUGGAGGGCUUUCUCCCAUAGGGUCUCCAUAAGUCAGAGCAUUUAUAUUAUUAACGAUUAUUCUUUAUAUCCUUAAUGAUGUUUUGCAUCAGAUUCUGGAACUCAAAAGGAAAAUGAGGAGCCCAAAGAGCUGGCCAAGCCAGGACCAACCUGAGGGUACAUAGCACCAUUGGCAAGGAGAGCAUUUUGUGGCCCCCAGCGUUUGUGUGGCAUUUCGAAGUUGUGUUGAUUAUGUUUCAAUGUAUUCCAUUGAUUUUUUUAAAAAAAUCCUGAACCAAUGACCUUGGGGAAAAAUGUUUGAAAGUGAACAUUCAUUGUCAAAACCUUUGUAAAAUUUGAGCUGAGAUGGUUUAAAACA